UGUAUUUUAGGUUAUUUUUACAUAUAAAUGGAAACUAAACCUAAGCUUUGAGAUUUACUUACCAAAUUUAGUCAUGCUUCUAACAUUACCAAACAUUUUGGAGAUUACUAUGACUGACAGAGUGUGCUGAGUCUUCUCAAUAAAAGAACUAGGCAAAUGUGGAUCGAUUACAAAAACGCCUUUGGCUUUUUGCUUGCUACUGAGAAAUUCAUGGAAUAUCAUCAUUACUUUGAUCAACAGUUUUGCGACUUUAUUUGGCAUGAGUCUUUGUACAAGAGUUAUACCCUUAGAAUUAAGAUAUCUACUCCUAAGCAAAUCCAAAUAUUUUUGAAUUUUAUCAAAAAUCUGGAGUACCCAGAGACAUUAAAAUUCACAGAAAUUAAAAUUCAUCUAUCUAAAGAAAACUUUGAAGUUGAUUUAUUGAACUCUCUAUUUGAUGCCUUGACAACCAGAGGAAUAUCAACUGAAGCUAUUAGAUUGGAUCUCCCUGUUGGUUUACAAGACAGAACAUUCCAAGACUCGUUACAGUACACAAAUAUUUUGAACCCGAAGAGACCAAUUGAGAUUACUUAUUUCAAGAAAAUUAGAACACUAGACCACGUUUUUCAGGAACCUGAACUUUUUGAAGAAUUUCUGGGACUAGAAAUCGAAGUUAUAGGAAUAUUCGUGACUUCCAGUUGCUGUGAACAUGUCUUAAAGAAGUAUGAAUCAACUUAUGCUUCAGAGUCUCUGCAGCGAAGCGUGGAGAAAUUGACCAUGAUCCAAUGUGAACAAGGCUCUCCUUCUAAACAAGAACUCUUAAGAAUCUUUCCAGUUCUUGAAUCUGUUUUCUAUGACUUCCAUUCUGAGUGGGGGAUGUUCAGAAUCAGAGAAAAUUUUGAGAAGUACGUUCAUGAAGGAAGUAGUUUCGGAAAGCACAAGAAGACUUAUGAGCUUGAGAAAACUCUUAAAGUAAGAAAUGAAGAACCUGUGGUUUUAAGCAAUGUAAAUGUUUAUUUUUACAAUAUUUACACAAAGAGUACUACAGCGUUUCAUGUGGAGACUCUAAUUUUCAACUUUGUUUUUACAGAGGAUUCUAUUCUUUGUAGAGAUGGAGACUUCAUGACCAUCAAGGAUUUUUCAGAUGCGAACUAUCUAAAUACUUCUAAGUUUAAUGACCUAGAGCUUGAAGAAGUCACUGAAUAUCUGAAGGUACAUCCUCUAUCUGAAGAAUGACGAAGAGCAGCAGUGAUUGAGUACAAAGAUGUAAGUUUGAUCUCAGGAAUCCCAAACCUUCUCAUUUUGAGGCCACGAAAUUUGGCCACAUUUACAGUUAAUUGAAGAAAGAUGUCUAAGCUAGAAGCCAUUGAAGAUGCUAUGAAAGUGAUCUCUGAACUUCCGAGAGGUCCUGAAAUAAGAUUAACCGUUCGAAUGAAUAAAAUUUUGCUUGAAACAGUAAUAAGGCUCUUAAAAAUGAAUAUCAGUCGACUCACUCUCAUAUUUCAGAGAACCGACAUUUGUGUGAUGAGUUUUAAAGAAAGAUUUUCUCUAAUCCAAGCUAUUGUGAGUAACAGACAUCUCAAAUCUUUUCAUGCUGAGUGAAACAAACACAAAAACUACUUCAAAGUGAGGAAUCUCAAAUUUGAGACGAAGGAGUAUCUCUCUAAAGCUUUGGAGAAUUUAUUCAUCAUCACACCUAAGAAAGUUCCAAAAGGAACUUUUCUAAAUGAAAUUGAGAUUUACAACCAUGAAGGUAAAUACGAAGUUUAG